CAGGUAUCGGCAUGAUCAUGUUCCAUUUGUUUGAUUACGUUGUUACAUAUAAAUAUUAAAGAGAUGACAUUUAUUUUAAGAAGGCGAUCGCCCUAUGUAUUUGGACUAUUUCCUUUUAAAUUCUUUAAUGAUAAUAAGGAUGCACCAGAUCCGAAAACUGUAGAAAAGUAUAUAAAAAACAAAGAUGAAAAUGUUCUUAAUGAAACCGGAAAGGACAGGCUCCGGAAAAUGUUUUCGAAAAAUGAAUAUGGAGAGAUUAGUCCAGAAAUUAGAUAUUGUAUGCACAUAGGUAGCAUGGCAUUUAUAUUUGGAGCCAUAUACGGUGGUGUUCUUAGAGGGAGAUCCGCUUUUAUACAUUUCAUAGAUAGCAAUGAAGCAACAAUGUUUCGCAACCACCUGGAUGCGAAAAGACAAUUACAAGAUCAGGUGUCACUCAGUGUUUUUAAAGGUGCCGCUCAAUGGUCUUGGAGAAGUGGCUUCUUUACUUCAGUUUAUGCAAUCACAUCCACCGUUGUAUCAGUUUUUCGGGGGAAAUCUGGUGUAAUAGAACACGUGGAUGGUGGUUUUAUGGCAGGUGCAGUUUACAACAUGAAAAACGGUGUACGUGGAGCAAUCGUAGGUGGAGGCUUAGGAGGUGUUUUAGGGGCAUUUUUUGGAAGUAUAUUCUAUGGUUUUCUUUUGCUGACUGGACAAACAGUUGAAGAAGUACGUUUUUGGACGUAUGAAUGGAACAAACAUCGUGAAGAUCUUUAUGCAGAGGGGGAUAGGAAAUAUAGGAUAAAGAGAGAUGAGGAAGCGAUUAUGAAAUUAGCAGAACAGCUGACUGAAUCCGAAUUACAAAUGCAUGCACCGAAAAAAGAGAACAUUCUAGAGGCUGAAAGAAAAUCACUCAGCUAAAUGUAACUGUAAAUAAAACAUCAGGAUAAUAUACUUUA